AUUACAUUUAUUGAGGGAGGUAACACUUGGAGAAAAAUUCUUGUUGAUGGUGGAGCCCUGACAAAUUACAAGCAUUAUGGUCAGAGGAUAAUGUGUGAUAUUGAUGUUUCCAACACCAUAGUAAGGAAAGAUAGUUUCAUAGGUCUAAAAGUGGCAAUCCAUGAGCUGAGUAAUAACUUUAAUACUUUGGAUUUAUCAGAUGAUGAUGACUGUAUCUCUACUCAAACUGCGGUGGAUUCUACAGCAGAUUUAGUGGGCACAUCUCUGCAGGUGGUGCAAAUACCCUUGAGUUGUAGUACUGCACCGACGCCACAAAUUGAAGAGUUAGUGGUCCCAGAAGGCGAGGGUGAUUCUGAAUCCGAAGAGGAAAAAGAAGAUGAGAAAAUAGAGGAGCAACCCCAAGAAGAACCUAAAGCUGAGAAAAAGAAAAAGAAAAGAAAGAAACGUGCGAUUGGGAUAUGUACUGUGAACUGUCGGUACGAGUCGGUGAGGCGGGUUGCCCGCAGGUUCAACUUCAAGGAGGUCGGCGAAAACGAGGACUGGGUGUUGUUUUGGACAGACUGCUCUGUUAGCAUUGAGCGUGUCAUGGACAUGAAGCGUUAUCAGAAAAUCAACCAUUUCCCGGGAAUGAGCGAGAUUUGCAGAAAGGAUCUCUUAGCUCGAAACAUGAAUAGAAUGCAGAAGCUCUUCCCAAAAGAGUACAAUAUUUGUCCCAGGUCUUGGUGCCUACCUGCUGAUUACAGCGAGUUUAUGACGUACCACAGAUCGAAGAAGAACAAAACGUACAUCAUUAAACCCGACAACAGCUGUCAGGGAAAGGGAAUCAUGUUAACUAAAACUCCCAAGGUAGACAUCAAGCACUGCGAUAACUUCGUCGUUCAACAGUAUCUAUCUAAGCCGUUCCUGAUAGACAACCUAAAGUUUGAUUUGAGAGUUUAUGUUUUGGUUACGUCAUGCGAUCCUCUGAGGAUUUACGUGUACAAGGAUGGGCUGGUUCGCUUUGCUGUUACACCUUAUCAAGACCCAACAAAUAAUAAUGUGGACGAUGUUUUGAUGCACUUGACGAACUACGCAAUUACAAAACAUUCCAGUGACUUUAUUAGGGACGAUGAAAAGGGCCACAAGAGGAAGAUAACGCAUUUAAACAAAUGGUUGGAAACAAACGGAUACAACAGGGAAAAAAUAUGGGCAGAUAUCGAAGAUGUUAUCGUUAAGACACUGAUCGUUUCGCAUCCGACAUUGAAGCACAAUUACAGGACAUGUUUUCCUAAUCAUAACCGUGGCAGUGCCUGUUUUGAGAUUCUAGGGUUUGACAUCAUGCUGGACCGAAAACUAAAGCCGUGGUUACUUGAGGUAAACCACUCCCCCAGUUUCCAUACAGACUCUCCUCUUGACAAAGAAAUUAAAGAGGGAUUCCUAGCGGACACCAUAAAAAUGCUCAACUGCAGCUAUCUCGAGAGAAAACGUUGUAUUGAGGAGGACAGGCGGCGAGUGAAGGAGAGACUGUUUGCAAAGAGUGGUACCCGUCAACAACAGCACCAGGAGUCGCUGGAGACGGACAAAGCGUACUCGCUGGUCUUAGAACAAGCCGAGGCUAACAACUGUGGCGGGUACCGCUGUGUUUAUCCGUGUAUUAACGAGGCAAAGUAUAAGCCCUUCUUCCAGCAGAGUGGAUCUCUUUUUACUGAAACGGUAGCCUCGAAAGCCCGGCAGGAGUGCGCGAGACUGCAGCGGGAAGCAAUCCUGGCAAAGCAGAACGAAGGAAGACCUCGUGGUAAAGCAAUUGAUACUGGGGAAAGUGGGGAGGCAGUUGGACGGAGACGCAUCAGAAAAAAAGUCCGGCCGGUCCCUGAGAGACUUUACAAGCGGCCUUCUUUUAAAAUGGAAAACCUCCCGCCCGGCUCGCCUCGGUUCCCUAUUCACAUGACUACAGCUACCUCCCCUAGAAAGAGCGACUUGCUCAACGACCAGAUCAAGGGGCUGGCCGGGUCGGCCCCCCACCAGGAUAACAUCUUCAAGGAAGCAUCCCGCUUGAGAAACCUAACAUUUGAGAAGGCACGCGAGAAUAUCGUUAUCAAAAUGCCCACUAUGCCCAUAAACCCCCAAAAUGACUACCUGAAAGUAAGGUGUUUCCUGGGUUCUGUCUCAUCUUUCCCCACCAUGAUGCCUAGUGAUUCGUCCUUCUACCCGGGAAUGUUCAAAGUGUUGUCCAGGGUGAACGAGACAACAAAUUCGGAGCAAUGGGACAGCUCCAAACCUAUGCCCAUUUCCGAAGAGGACGAAUUAGAACGGCUGAGUGGAAUGAUAGAGAGAGACAAUCUUGUGCGAGGACUGGGAAUAUCAGAGUUUGUAACUGAAAUGUUGCAGACUGCACGUAUCACCAUGAAGCCUCAGAGUCAAGCAAGCUAUGGCUACAAUCCACGGGAUCCAGGAUUCAGGGCCAAAACAACGAAUGAUGCUGAAAAUUCUAAAACUUCCGAGAAACCCAACUCUUUCUCCCAACUGGGAGCAGAGAAAAGUAUUCACAGAGAAUAUCCGGUUCAAAGACAGCGGCUGUGGCAACAAAAACCCUCUUAUUUGACCCUGACAGCUCUUGAAGAAGCUUCUAGAAUUGAUGCCGACACUGACAAGUCCUCACGCCUCUUUAAUCGGGGAAUGACUCCGCCUAACUUUGCGAGUAACGGCGGGAGCGGAGCCCCGGGAGGAAGCGCAGGUAAUCAGAUCUGCUCGGUCUAUAGCCUGCCCGGGCGACCAGCCAACAACAACGUCAACCUAUCCGUCGUGUCCGGGCCUGCCCCCGUUUCACAGCGCUCUGAUCUGGUGGUGAAAAGUGCAAAUUCUCACUCUCAGCACUUUGACGUUUCGAGAACCACGAAGUCUACCAGAAUCAGAGGCGCCACAAAUAUCCUUCGGCUAAAGCAUAUUUUCAGCAAUUGGCGAUGAGAGAAAACAAUGCUAUUCUAUCAUAAGAGAUAAGCCCAGACUCCAGCAAAUAAUUCUCAGCCACACUGUUCAUGGCGGAACCUUUACUUCUUUCCUCCCCAGGGCUGGCGCUGGUGACCUCCCCUACAUCUCUAUCAGACUCACUUUGUGGAACUAUAACAAGUCAUGUGACUAUCAUCCGGCCACAUUUUUAUUUGAACCGUUCUGUCUAAUAGUUAGAAUAUUGAGUCAAAUAAUGGCGUGUGGUAUGCUAGAAACAAAUUGUGCCAAUAUGGCUCGGAUUUGAAUGAGCUGAUGGUCAAAUCUAAAAAGAGCUGUGAGUGUGACAGAUAAUAAAUUGGUAGUGCUAUGUUUUAAAUAGAAUUACUUUUUGAAUUAAAAAUAUCUAUAUUAGUAUAAUCGGUAGUUUUCGUUAUUCAUACUUCUUAUAAUUCUAGACGAGCGUUUCAUUAACUAAUAAUGCAUGUGCAAAGUUAUAAUUGAGUUGUCGAUGAUAGGCCGAUACCAUGAUUCAGAUUAUGUAUAUAUUAAUUCGUCGAUAAGUUUAAAAAACACCGUUUCCUCAAUUUCGUGAUUUUAAAUUAUGAAAUAUAUCUAUUUGUAAAUUAGAUCAGAAUGUACAAAAAGUUUUUAUUCAGCCCCAGAA